AUGGUUUCAGUUGAGGAAGUGAAAGAAGAAGAAAUUGCACCGUCUCAACAUCGUCUUUUGGACGCUGAGGAGAUUGAAAGUGUCGCCAAGACUGUCAUACGAACCUCGGUAAAAAUACACCUGGAAUCUCUCGCGACGAAGCUACGUCGCGAAAGUGAAGCUUUGAAACGUGUCGAGACGAGUAAACAGAUUGCUGAUGUGACAGAUUCAGUCGAAUCCGUUCAAGAAUCGCCGAUGGCUAGCGAGCAGGCACCGGUCAAGAGAGCCGACCCCCCAACGGUUUCAUCAUCGACGGGCAAUGCUAAAUACGGCAUGAUUGAUCGCUUUUCCUUUGACGCCGGCGGAUACGACGCCCCUUUUGUGACACUUUAUGUAUCUCUUCCAGGCGUUGGUAGCAUACCGCGGGAGAACGUGUCUUGCAAUUUUAAGUCCACGAGUUUUGAUUUAACGAUCAAAGAUUUGAAAGGAAAGUCGUACCGUUUGCUAAAAGACAAUCUCGAGAAAGACAUUGAUCCCCAAAAGAGCAAAAUUAUUGUUAAGGCUGAGAAGAUCGUUGUAAAGCUUGCUAAGGUGAAGCAAGGUGACUACGGUGGAUACGAUUAUUGGUCCCAAUUGACAAGUAAGAAAGGCAAGAACCCGCCUGGUAAAAAGGACGACCCGCAGAACUCCAUUAUGCAAAUGAUGAAGGACAUGUAUGACGAUGGCGAUGACAACAUGAAGAAAAUAAUUGGAGAAGCUUUUUCGAAGCAGCAGCGAGGCGAAAUGGCCAGCGGUGUGGGUGGAAUGGGUGAUUCUGGAGAUGGCCUUGGAGAUAUAUGAGCCUAGGUAGCUAGAGAAGGCUUCAGAAUAGUGUGACGAGCCUUCAAUCU